GUAGGAAACACCCAUCAUUGCCCCAACAAUCCUUUUCAACCUUAGAAACCUGAGCUUCUAAGAUAUUCCAUUCUUCCAUUCUUCUUUUCACUUUAAUUUUUUUUCCUUCUCCUCCUUUUUUUUCCACUCUCUCUCUCUCUCAAUUUAAAUAUCUCCUCCCUCUUAACAACCAUCUCUCCUCUCCACUUCCCCUUCAUCACUCCAACCAUCCACUUUUCCCAUUUUUUCCUCUCCUUUUUCUUCUUCUCCUUCCAUUAUUUUCCCAUUUAUUAAUCUCCAACUUUAAAAAAAAUGGAUCCUUCCUCCACCAACUCUGUGAAUGGCUUCUACUCAUUCCUAACAAGAGGAAUUGACGAUCUAGAGAGAGUGUUCUUGAGCAACAAUUUCAUGUCAAUCCAAUUCCUUCAAAGAACACUCUCUCUUCUUCGAUCUUUACACACCCAAUUGACCCUUCUGGUUCAGAAGCUUCAUCUACCAGUUGGUGAUAAAUGGCUUGAUGAGUACAUGGAUGAAAGCUCCAAGCUCUGGGAAGCAUGCCAUGUCCUCAAGUCUGGCAUUUCCGGCAUCGAAAGCUACUUCUCCGCCGCAUCAAACAUCACUUCCUCACUUGAUUCUCAUCAACACAUCACCUCACAACUCUCUCGACAGGUUAUUAGAGCAAUCUCAGGGUGUCGCAGAGAAGCUGUUGGAUUAGAAGAGGAGAAUCGUGCGUUGAUGGAAACGAGGAUUCAACCGCUUUCACUGCGUUUUGAUGAGAGGGUGUCGAUUGAAUCGAAGCUGAACGGGUUCAAUGGAUUCAGAGGGGUUCUAUACGCAAUGAGAAACGUGAGUUCGUUGCUUCUGAUGAUUCUGCUAUAUGGGUUGGUGUAUUGUUGGCCAGAAUCAUCAGAUUUUGAGGUGGGUGGUUAUGAGUAUGAAGGGUGUUUGUUUCUGGGGUCGGCGUUUAUGAUCUCAACGGCGAGGUUGCAGCGGCGGGUGGCGGCGGAGAUCGGGCAGAUGAACGGUGGGGCGGGGAUGUUGAUGCAUGAGUUCAGGAGAUCGAAGGUGGCCAUGGAGGAUCUCAGAGGGGAAUUGGAGAGAAGAGGAGUGGUUAUGGAUUGGGAAACAGAGGUUGGUGUGAGAGACAGAGUGGAGAAUCUGAGAGCAUCUUUUGGGGUUCUCAGAUCUGGGGCAGAGAACAUUAUUGCUCAGCUUGAUGAUUUCUUUGAUGAGAUUGUUGAAGGAAGGAAGAAGCUUUUGGACUUUUGCAGCCAUAGGUAAACAAAGAAAUACUAGUAGUUCAUGGUGGAAUUGGAAGGGAAAAGAAAUAGUUGCUUGCCUCAAAAGGAAAAAAACAGAACAAAAAACAAGGUAGAGAACAACAGUUGAUGGGGUUGUUUUUUUUUUUUUUGUUUAGUUUAUGAUAUAUCUUGUGGUCUUUUCUUCUUUCUUUUGUUUUUCAUAGUUACCUUAGUUAAAACUUAAAACCUUGGUGGUGCUACUGCCAAGUCAUUUUCCCAGCAGAAGCUUGUAAAGAAGGUUCUCUCAAAUUGAAUGUGGUUCUGGAUUUCAAAACAUUGACAAAUAGAUUAAUUAAUUACUACUAUCUUCUCAAA